AUGCAUGAACACUGUACAUCAAGCCUUGAUUAUGAGAUUACACCUGUUGAUCCUGAAACUAGCAAUGUGCUCGGCUUGGCCAACUGCACCUUGGGUGUAAGUUUCACGAUCAAGCUUGCCAAUCCCAGAUUUCGCAAUGUCGCCACCAGCCAAACUGGAUCUGGAGGUCGACCUCUUGAAACUUUUUUCGACGACCAAAAAAUAUUUUUUGGGCUGUUUGCGACAUUGAACGCGAAACUUUCACACAAGGUGCUGUUGGCCAAGCCGAGCACAUUGCUCUAA